AAUCAAAUGCUCUCAUAUUGACAGACAGAGGACCACCAAAUUCGUUGGCAAGAAAAUUAUAUAAUGAGUGGGAUAGACUCAGUCAGUCGAAUGAUGGGCCUGUCAAGUCUCCUGUUAAUUUAAAUUUGACGAUGGAUCUUUUAAUAAAGAAGAAGGUACCUCUUGAAGGUACAGAGUUAUCAGAAUAUAAGUCCGAACUUCGUAAAAAACAAGAACGUGAAGCGGCACAAGCAGCUUUGAUUGCAAAAAGUUUAUCAAUAAUAGAAGAUGAUGAAUCUGAUGAGUCCGAAUCAGAAAUAGGAGAUACAGAUAUAGAAGAGUUACUAUCAAAGCAUUUUGAUCUUUAUGUGCGUGAUGCGACGAAAUAUGGUGGAUUUUUUAAACAGACUCAGAGCUACUUAAU